AUGACAGAUAUCUUUCAUCAAUCCUCAUCCCAUUUGCCUUCUUCCCCUUCAAACAAUGAUGGUUUUGGCCAACUCAAUCAUUCCCCUCUUAUUAGCCCCACCCCUGUAGAUUUGUACGGCUCCAAUUAUUAUAGACGUAUACAACAAGAAGUAGAAAGUGGGGAGGAAGAGGACGACUUCUCUGUUUUGGCUCUUUUGCUCACUGUUUUCAGGAAAUCUUUGUUGGGGUGUAAGAACAUUAGUAGUGAGAAUUGUGACUGGAUUAUGGAGAUUGGUUGGCCUACUAAUAUCAGACACAUUGCUCAUGUCACAUUUGAUAGGUUUAAUGGCUUUCUUGGCCUCCCUGUUGAGUUUGAGCAUGAGGUUCCCAGAAGGCCUCCUAGUGCCAGCACAAGAGUCUUUGGGGUUUCAACAGAGUCAAUGCAGCUCUCGUACGACCCUAGGGGUAAUUGCGUGCCAACCAUACUACUUAUGAUGCAGAGGCGCUUGUAUUUGCAAGGCGGUCUCCAGUCUGAAGGAAUCUUCCGAAUCAAUCCGGAUAAUGGCCAGGAAGAGUAUGCGAGGGAGCAGAUAAACAAUGGGGUGAUCCCAGAAAACAUUAAUGUUCAUUGCUUAGCAGGCCUACUUAAGGCUUGGUUUAGAGAGAUACCGAGUGGGAUAUUGGAUUCUCUCCCUCCUGAGCAGGUGAUGGAGGCACAGUCAGAAGAAGAGUGCUCUCGCCUCGUGGGAUUCCUCCCACCAACAGAGGCUGCGUUGCUGGAUUGGGCCUUCAACCUCAUGGCUGAUGUUGCUCAGUUUGAGCAUUUCAACAAGAAGAAUGCACGCAACAUUGCGAUGGUUUUUGCACUAAAUAAGACCAAGAUGUCGGACCCUCUGACAGCGUUGAUGUAUGUUGUUCAAGUGAUGAAUUUCCUCAAGACCCUCGUGGCGAAGAUGCUUAGAGAGAGGGGGGAAUGUGUGGUCGAAGCUGGUCCCGUGCUGCAGGGAGAGCCUUCGGAUGAGGAUGGUCACCACAACACCUCAAGACCAAGAAACCACGUGGAGGGCAACGAGGAUGAGGAAGCAGAAGCGGUCAAAGAACCUCCGUUGGAUCAGAUUAUGAGCUCUACCUCUCAGGCUGAAUCAAGAAUCUGCCAUGGACAAACUCAUGGUUUUCUGAAUUCAAUAGAAAACAUAUUGUCUGAAGGAAAUGGAGAUGAUGAUCAUUUGCCUGCUGAAAUUCCAAAUUUUGUUGGAACAACGAGACACAAUGGGGAUGAACGCUUAAAUGCAACUGCAACAGCUAGAAAAGCUCGUGGUAGAAGGGCGAAAAGCAGCCAGACGAGCAAUCCCAAUGAGGCGAAGAAGGGAGCUAAUAAACGCGCUCCAAGAUCAACUCUUCACUGUGAUGGAUGUGCAGAGAAAAACAAGGAUCUAACUGUUGUAAGUCGCGUAAGCUCGCAUAAAGAAAGGGUGGAAGCAUGGAGGUGAGAUUUGAGGAAUCAUGCAUUUAGCUGAUUGUUGAAGAUAUUUUUUCUCUCUAGAUAACCAUUUUCAUUUUGAUUUCUUUCUUGGAUGAAGAUAAACAUUACCAUUAUUUGUAGUGUGAUAGUGAUUUUGAAGUGCAUGAUUCAUCUAUUGUUUUA